GGGGAGGGGGCGGCGGCGGCUGAGGCGGCGUCGUUAUUUCCGCGGUCUGGACGGUUCGUGGCAGCGCGGGUGGCUACGGGAGAAGUAGGCAUUAUGGUCAUGAAAGCUUCUGUAGAAGAUGAUGAUUCGGGAUGGGAGCUCAGUAUACCAGAAAAGAUGGAAAAAAGCAAUACAAGCUGGGUGGACAUAACCCAAGAUUUUGAAGAAGCUUGUCGAGAAUUAAAAUUGGGAGAACUGCUUCAUGAUAAGCUAUUUGGUCUUUUUGAAGCCAUGUCUGCCAUUGAAAUGAUGGAUCCCAAGAUGGAUGCUGGCAUGAUUGGAAACCAAGUUAAUCGAAAAGUUCUCAAUUUUGAACAAGCUAUCAAGGAUGGCACCAUUAAAAUUAAAGACCUCACCUUGCCUGAAUUGAUAGGGAUAAUGGAUACUUGUUUUUGCUGUUUGAUAACAUGGUUAGAAGGCCAUUCCUUGGCACAGACAGUAUUUACGUGCCUUUACAUUCACAAUCCAGACUUUAUAGAAGAUCCUGCCAUGAAAGCUUUUGCUCUGGGAAUCCUGAAAAUCUGUGACAUUGCAAGGGAAAAAGUAAAUAAAGCUGCUGUUUUUGAAGAGGAAGAUUUUCAAUCAAUGACUUAUGGAUUUAAAAUGGCUAACAGUGUGACAGACCUUCGAGUUACAGGCAUGCUAAAAGAUGUGGAGGAUGACAUGCAAAGAAGAGUAAAGAGUACUCGAAGUCGACAAGGAGAAGAAAGAGAUCCAGAAGUUGAACUAGAACACCAACAGUGUUUAGCCGUAUUCAGCAGAGUGAAAUUCACUCGAGUGUUACUGACAGUGCUUAUAGCCUUUACUAAGAAAGAGACCAGUGCUGUUGCAGAAGCUCAAAAAUUGAUGGUUCAAGCAGCAGAUCUUCUUUCUGCCAUUCAUAAUUCAUUGCAUCAUGGCAUCCAGGCUCAGAAUGAUACGACAAAAGGAGAUCAUCCAAUUAUGAUGGGUUUUGAGCCCCUUGUUAACCAGAGGCUACUUCCACCUACCUUCCCUCGAUAUGCAAAAAUAAUUAAAAGGGAAGAAAUGGUCAACUAUUUUGCAAGAUUAAUAGAUAGAAUAAAAACUGUUUGUGAGGUGGUCAAUUUAACAAAUUUACAUUGUAUCCUGGAUUUUUUCUGUGAAUUUAGUGAACAAUCACCUUGUGUUCUUUCAAGAUCUCUAUUGCAAACCACUUUCUUGGUGGAUAACAAAAAGGUCUUUGGAACCCAUCUCAUGCAAGACAUGGUGAAGGAUGCACUCCGGUCUUUUGUCAGUCCUCCGGUGCUCUCCCCAAAGUGCUGCCUGUAUAAUAAUCACCAGGCUAAGGACUGUAUUGACUCCUUUGUUACUCACUGUGUUCGGCCCUUCUGUAGUCUUAUUCAGAUCCACGGACAUAAUAGGGCUCGACAGAGAGAUAAGCUUGGUCAUAUUCUUGAGGAAUUUGCUACCUUGCAAGAUGAGGCAGAGAAGGUUGAUGCAGCCCUUCACACUAUGCUGUUGAAACAGGAACCCCAAAGGCAACAUUUGGCCUGUUUAGGUACCUGGGUCCUUUAUCAUAACCUUCGAAUUAUGAUCCAGUAUCUUCUGAGUGGCUUUGAGUUGGAGCUCUACAGCAUGCACGAGUACUACUACAUAUAUUGGUAUCUCUCAGAAUUCCUUUAUGCAUGGUUGAUGUCGACAUUAAGUCGUGCUGAUGGCUCUCAGAUGGCAGAGGAAAGGAUCAUGGAAGAGCAGCAGAAAGGCCGGAGCAGUAAAAAAACAAAAAAAAAGAAGAAAGUUCGCCCCUUGAGCCGAGAAAUUACAAUGAGCCAGGCAUAUCAGAACAUGUGUGCUGGGAUGUUUAAAACCAUGGUAGCAUUUGACAUGGAUGGCAAAGUACGAAAACCCAAGUUUGAGCUUGAUAGUGAACAAGUUCGAUAUGAGCACAGAUUUGCUCCAUUCAACAGUGUAAUGACGCCACCGCCGGUGCACUAUCUGCAGUUCAAGGAAAUGUCUGACCUCAAUAAAUACAGCCCUCCUCCUCAGUCUCCCGAACUGUAUGUGGCAGCUAGUAAGCACUUUCAGCAGGCAAAAAUGAUCCUGGAAAAUAUCCCAAACCCAGACCAUGAGGUCAAUAGAAUUUUAAAGGUUGCCAAACCCAACUUUGUGGUCAUGAAGUUAUUGGCAGGAGGACACAAAAAGGAAUCUAAGGUUCCUCCUGAAUUUGAUUUCUCUGCUCACAAAUACUUUCCUGUUGUAAAACUUGUUUGAGAGACAUUGAAAAGGGGACAUCAAGGGGCAGAAUUACUCUCAGAUUCUAAGGGGAUUGAUCCAUCCGUCAGUCACAGCACAUAACGUGAAGUGAAAUGGAUUUCUUGGAUAACAGCCUAUUAUAAGAGAUACUUUUAAUUUGACAGCCUUAUACGACGUGAAUGAAAACUGCUGUUUUAAAGUGGUUUGUUAUGUUCCAUGGAUGAAACUGGUCUUACCGAAUGCAGUGAUGAACGUUAUAUGGUUUUAUUACAGAUUUAAUCAUAAAUCAUUUUUUAUGAAUGAGUGAAAAUAGUGUUUGUAAAGGUUAAUAAAUUUCUUGACAAAAAAUGCACUACUGGAAAUGAAAAA